AUGGUGGGGCACGGAGACUCUCGAAAUAUCUUUGUGGUGCAGUCCACAGAGAGUGUUGGUCACCUUCGACGCCACGCCGUACUACGCAGCGACUUGGAUGUUGAGGAGGCGCUCAAUUAUGGUCUCUAUCUGCCUCCACAGGGUAGUAAAAAGGGUAAAUUUUUAGAAGACGAGCGCCCCAUUGCCGACUAUCCGGUGCUUCUGCAAAGCGGUGGCCAUCGCAGUCGCAACGCUGACGACAUGUCCUCCGUCUCAUCCACCACCACCACCACCACCCUUACAAAUGGAUUGCACCAUAGUCCCGACUCGGGGGUUGGUCAAGACCCCUGUUGGCUGGAGCUCAUUUACAAAUCUCGAAUGGACGCAGAGGAUUCGCCUCAUCAAUCCCGAAUUCGAAAAUUGAAAACAAAGGUAACCCAAAGUCAUUUUAUGGAUAUGGUACGAAAUCAGGAUGUCAAAGGUAUUGAAAAGCUGCUUGCCAAAGGAUUUGAUCCCAAUUUCUGGUCUCGAAAAGAUGGGGAAGCGCCUAUCACGGCUGCAGUAACGACUUACCACCCUCGCGAUCUGAUCAUCACCCUGGUCAACGGAGGUGCACACAUCGAUUUUCGAGCCCGUGAUUCACACACCGCACUGCAUCGGGCUGCGAUCUGUGGUAACUACGAGGCCAUCCAGACCUUGUUGGAUCUUGGCCAGAACCCCAACUGCAGGGAUUGGCGGGGCCUGACUCCACUCUACUAUGCAGUCUCGACGGAUAUAUCCGCGCGCUGCACGCACGCCCUCCUCUACGAUCACGCCAUCCUUGGAGUGGAGGACUCAAAGGGUUUUCAGGAGAUCCACCAGGCCUGCGUAGCUAAUCGUCCGCAGCACCUGGAGAACCUGAUAGCCUACGGGGCGGACCUGAAUGCGCGGACGCUGCGAGGUCUGACUCCGUUGCACCUGUGCGUACGCCACGAGGCAAACGCAUGCCUGAGCCUGCUGCUGCUGCGAGGCGCCGACACCAGACAGGUGAACGACGACAGCCAGACGCCGCUGGAGUACGCCCUCCUUACCAAUCGCAAUGAACAGGCCACCAUUCUGCAGACCUUUAAUCCCGCUGACGUUGUUGCCAUCAAAGAGACUCCAAGUUACAACACCUCACGUCGGCCUACAGUGAAUGGCCCGCGAGGCGCUGUUGUCUACACAAUGUUACACCGACCGUCAACCUCCUGCAGCAUCUCCGAUAACUUGAGCCUUUGCCAUGGCGUCCCCUCGCCAGCCGAAAGCCUCUUCUCUGCCGACCAGACCUCCGUGACCAGCUUCUCCGCUGCUUCCACUGCAUCUGCUACUCUUCUCGAGUCCAGUCGUUCCAUGCAGAAUAUCCACCGAUAUGCGAACGAGGAUGCGGCGUCAAAUCCGGUGAAACAGUUACAACAGCUUGUUGAAGCACCGCAGACAAAGCGAUCAAACACGUACAAUGAUCCAAAACGCAAGACUUCGGUUCCGAUCGGAACAUGCAUCCCAUCGUCUGAAAUACGAGAAGAAAAGACGUACACCCGCUUUGUUGGCUUGCGCAAAAGUCAUGAGGGCUUUGGCUUCACGCUGAAUGGAGUACCUCGAAAGGCCCUUCAACGACACGGUCGGCAACCCCUGCCAAACACGCCUUCCAAUCAGUACUUCUCAUCUGUGGUUCCAGGCGGUCCCGCUGAUCGUGCAGGGAUCAAGGAGGGUGACUACGUCCUUGAGAUUGAUGGUCAGGACGUGACGGACGCCUGUCACGAGGACGCCGUGGAAUGCAUCCGAAAGUGCGGCGAUUCGCUCAUCCUUCGAGUGAUGACGGUGUACAGGGGCUCCACUUUGCGCCAUUUAUGCGAACGCCCAGAAAUGCCCCAAACCUCUCGUACUUAUCGAAGACGGAGACGGAGUGACAUCAUCGGCGGGAGUAGCAGCAGCACUAGCAGCAAUAGCUUUAACAGCGACAGCGGAUUCGCCGCACACACCUCCUCCUCCACCUCCACCACCAUCUACAAAAAGAAAUUACCGGUGUCGCGAGACGGCGAACAAAGGUGGCGGGAGCCAGUGGGGUCGGAGGUGCGAUCACGGAGUCGAGAGCGAGGUACCUACAAUCCAGAAGUGCGUGUGCAGUCCUACAGCUUCGGCAAAGAGGAGAUCCAUCUCCACGCCACCUCCCCAGCCGCACAUUCUAAGGAGAGGGUGUUUGUCUUCGAAAAGAUCGAUGGAAAGACUCGAGCUGUACCCGUGGAGGACUCCAGAGAGCAAAAAAGUGAUCUACGAAAUGGAAGUGGGGCGAGAUUUGCAAAUAAGCCCUGUUUAAUUAAGUUCUUCAAGAGGUUUUCAUCACCUCUCAGUGAGACUGUCUGUGCCUUCUCAUUAAGGCAACCGAAGUGCAUCUCCAUCCGGGGCACAGAGGAGACGAAGUCCCAGUUCAACGCAGGGUCUGGUCAUCUCAGCCACGCCCAUUCGAUGAUGGUUGUCGAUUGCUUCGAUGACAGCGGUGAAGCCCCCACAACAGUUUGCUCCACUAACAGGGACACGACUUACAAGAACUCCCUUCCAAGGCAAGUCAUGCAGCCAUUUCGGAGUAGUCUCUCCGUCGGUUGCCUUCAGCGCAUUAACCCUAGUCGUGGCAUUGGUAAUGAUGAUGAGGAAGAGGACGAUAACGAUGAUGGCGAAAAUAAUAGAAGUGGCGGCACCACUGCCAUACAAAGGUAUGCCGCAAGUAAAGGGCCAAUAAAAAGUGAACACUCCCGAAGUCUGCCCCGAUUGGGUAGAGCUAUUGUAGUCUGUCCCAUCUCCUACCCCCUUCGUGCCACCAUCUUCUACCCUGCUAUUACUAUUAUUAUUCCAAUUUCGCCCUCCACUACCAGAUCUCUCGGCUGUGAGCAAAUCGAAUUUGUCUCUGCCUUCCCCAUGCAAAUAUAUCAUCACCACGACCGGCCUGAAGAGGCCCUGUAUGAUUCAGCAUACAUCCCACCUUCACCACUGUUGAUGUUAUUUCUCAAGCCAAUAAGGGUCGCCUCAUUUACACUACACGUCUCUAUAUUUUAUGUCCUGGGUUUGUUGGAAAAAAAUGUGGGUAGGCAGUCAUGUUAG